CUGUACCUCCUCUAAAUUUACACCCACACACCCAGAGACCUUGAUCUCUUCCAAACACACACACAUGGACACAUUACAACACCCUGGCUCUCCUCUCUCGCUUCCUCUCCCACCUCCCUCUUUCCGGUGACAAACCGACCAGAAAUCUGGCGACGGCGCUGCCGUCAACGGCGAACCGGUAGAGGAAGACGGCGAUGAUGAUGUUUCUGUUUGAUCCGACACAGGUGACGACAUUGAAGAUGUUUAUGUUCAGGUGAAAUAGGUUCAACAUCAAAUUUCUUUUGGUUCAUCUCAAAUAUUGGUACGGUUGUUUUAGUUAUGGGGUUCGGGUCAACAUCAGAUCCAUGCUCGAAUUUCGGGUUUUCGGUCAACAGAAGUCAAAGCUGGUCAAACCUCAGCUUCGACUCAGUGUUUGUUCCGGUCACAUCUCGGUUCAGGUUCGGGUCUACGAUGAACAACCGAACCAACGCGCGGCGGCAGCCGGCGUCGGAAGUGGAGGUGGUUCAAGUUGGUCCAAAUUCGGAGUUUACGACGAGGACCGCCUUUAUCGUUCGAAGAGCCGGAGUGAACCGAGCUCACCGGAGCCGUACAUAUAUCACAACGGGGAUCGGUUCAUCAUCGUUUCGGAUGAUCGCUCUCAUUCCUUCAUUCGGUUUCUCAAUCUUUACUCGUGCGUUAUUUUACAAGGAAUCGCAAACGCAACCACUGUGAGCAUACUCGAUCCCUUUUUACGCUUUAUUACAUUUGGGAUGCAAUACAUGUACCUUGAAUCAAUUACACAAACCUGCUAGUUUUCUUUUAUACAAAUAAUCUCUAUAUUUGCACAUACGUGUUAUACUUGAAAUCAUAUGUGUUAUACUUGCGAUCGUACGUGUUUAAAUUAAUAUGUUUGUACUUAAUCAUUGCCAUGAAAAAUCAGUUUAAAACAUUUUUAUUCUUAUACUCAAACUUGUAUGCUCGCCAAUACUUUUUGUAUUGAACU